AUGAGCGGCCUCCGCGGGGUGAUGAACAAUGGGUGGCAUCCCAAGGGCAAAGAUGGUAGCAAGGAAAGUUGGAGAGGUGAUUUUAAAGGCAUUAAUCAAGUGGCAGGUUGGAUGGGAAAGGGCAAAGAUAACAGCAAAGACGACGGAACCGAACAUGUCUCACAACCUCUAGCCUCGCUCAAAGAUCCAGCAUCUUUCGGACCACCACCAAGACGCGGAGAUUCUCGUUCGUCAGCAGUAGCCGCCUCUACGACUAGAACUGCUCCAAGUGGUCUUGGGUGGACAUUAUCACCAGAUGCAAUUGUAUACGAACCCGAACAGCUAGAAGAGGAUGGCACCGGACCAGCGCCUCCGCCUCUUCCAUACCGCGCAAAUCGGACUGGAAUUGACACAACAAAUCUCCCUCCGCCUCCUGUUCGCCGUACAGAGUUUCCCAUAAACCGACCUCCUACUUCGGCUUCACAACCUCGACCGCAACCGACCCUUCCCCCUCGCCUACCUGCUCGCAAUACUACAUCCCCAUCACCUCCACCGCCGCCGUACUCCGAAGCAGACCACUCGAUACAGAUGAACCAGGGAUCAAUGGCAUGUUUAGAACAAGCCGGUAUCUCUGUUCCUGCUCUUGGAAUCGGCCGAAGAGACAGCGAUCAGUCCGUCACAACUCGAGGGGUCAUGAACACUCAAGUCAAUGAACUCCAAACCCGUUUCGCAAAGAUGUCGACACCAGGCUCACAAACUCCACAAAGUCCCUAUAGUCCAGUUGAGCGACCUGUCUCCCAACGAGGCUUCGACAACACCCCUACUUCCACAUACACCACUCGCAGCGCCGCACCGCUACCCCCACCAUCAACAAAUAACUUCCGACAACGCAGUAAUGAGCACAUUGAAGUAGGCAAACAGAAAUUAACAGAAUUCAACAAGAAGCACCGAAUUACAGAGCGGAUUGGCUCAUAUUUCGAACCACAACCUACGCUCCGAGCGUCGCAGGGAGCACCGCAACCUCCGCCUCCACCACCACCACCGCAUCCAAAUCUGAACAGACAAAGCUCGAAUAUUGACAUAGAAGUUUUGAAUAAGAGGAAGCCGCCGCCGCCACCUCCUCCUGCUAAGAAGCCUAGUUUGAAGUCGACACCUCUGAAUGGUGGUGAUGGUGGUAGUGAAUCACUGUCUCCACCUCCAUUACCAUUGGGGACGAAGCCUCGGUGA